UUCGUCCAUGCUCAAACUGAAUCCGACACAUCAAGAUGAACACUGACGCGGUCUUGCUCGCGAUCGCCGUCAUCGGCCUCGUCACGACCUUUGGCAUAACGCUAUACCUUGUGGGGUACUUCCGCAGCGCGCCCGAGCCGACUGACUCGAAUCAUCGUCCGGCAGGCGCAGCGGCGGCAAAUGCGCGCCAGCUUAAUCGCGGCGAGCUUCGUGCAUUGCGCCGUCGACGUCAAGGUGUUGCAGCUGUGAACGAGCGUGCAGAACAGAGAGAGCAAGACAUGCAAGCAGAACAUGCUGAAAACUUCGAAGGUGAGGAAGAAGAAGAUGGCGGCGGCCCACGGGUUGCGGGCACGUCCAGAAAGGCGAUGCAGAAGGAGCUCAAGCGGCAAGAACGCGAGCGCAUGCGAAAGUUUGAAGCGUCCCGACGGGAAGAAGUCAAGCGACUGCGUGAAGCGAAAGAAGAGGCACAUCGCAAGAGAUUGGAAGCUGCUGAUGCCGACGAAGACGCUCGGGAAGCGGAACUGGAGGCCAUGCGUCUUCGCCAAGAAGUAAAAGCCAAAGCCGACUUUGAAAGAUGGCGUGCGUUUAUGUCAGUCGACGACACGGGCGUCGACGCCGACAUGGCUGACGACGAAUCGGCCGAGAGCGAACGCUUGCAUGCGGUUGCCGAGUACGUCCAAGUAAGGCGGCGCAUGCAUCGAUCGAACUCGCGUUCGUAUGUGUUGAAUACACGGUAGAGUCUGAAAGUGGUGGUGCUGGAAGAGGUCGCGGCCGAGUUUGGGCUUCGCACGGAGGCUGUCAAGGACCAUAUCGAGAAGCUCGUGGCAUCUGGGCGUCUCUCGGGCAUCUUGGACGACCGCGGCAAGUUCAUCACUCUCUCGGACGACGAAAUGAAUGCCGUCGCGCUGCACAUUCAACGCAAAGGCCGCGUGACGUUGCACGAACUGGGACUCGAAUGCAACCGCCUCAUCCAUGUCGAUUGAGCGGCGAUGACAGAAUGACGACCCAUCGCCGUGCCUCCAUGACGGCGUCUUCCCUGGGCUAAUUCAAGUAGAUGUACCCAAUGCAUGGCCACGAUCGUAUUCGCCCAUUUGCCGCUGCCUUUUUUUACACGAACAGUUUUGC